AAGACGUGAUCCUCAAUGACUCAUGCGAAUUCCUAAAUCUCGAGAAAAAAAUCAAAUCAUAGCGAUUACAAUGGUUCUGUCUUCCCACGAGACCUUCAGGUGAUCUGUGGCUAUAUGACCAUCUCAACCGAAACGAGACGAAGACUCGAAAUUUAGAAGAAAGAAAAAUACACAAUAGAGAAUACUUCUCCUGGCCUCGCGCAGGGACGAUGACAAGUCGCAACGACUCCCAAGAUGCCGUCAGCACGAAAUCCGGCUCCAGCAAAUUCGACCAUCAUGUCGCAGAAGUUGCCGCCCAAGACAAGAACAAGACGAUUGCCAACAUGUCUGCAUGGCCCGGCACCAAAGACGGCGAAAUCGAACAUGCCAUAGUCGUCGAGUCGGAGCAUAACACAUCCACGGGCAGACGCGCAGAGGAUGGAGACACACAAUCUUCGCAUCCGAGUCGCGACGAAGAUUUAGAAGAGGACAUGUCGCCACCGCCGGACGGCGGAGUCGUAGCGUGGACGCAAUGUCUCGCUGCGCAUCUGACGAAUGUCACGACAUUCGGCUACAUUACCUCCUACGGCUCCUUCCAGACCCACUACGAACAGACCCUCCUCGACGGCGCCACCGGCCUCCCCGUGCCGCCCUCCACGAUAGCCUGGGUGGGCAGCGUGCAAAUCUUCCUGGCCUUCUUCAUCGGCUUCUUCUCCGGGCGAGCGCUCGACGGCGGAGCCCGCUCGUUCCGGACGGUCCACAUCGCCGGCCUCCUCCUGCACACGCUGGGGGCUUUCGCCACGGCGGAGUGCACGACCGUGUGGUGGCAGGUCUUCUGCGCGCAGGCGCUCUGCUCCGGCGUCGCGCACGGCUUGAUGUACCCGCCCGCGAUGGCCCUGGUCACGACGUACUUCGCCCGGCGCAGGGCGAUUGCGGUGGGGAUCGCGGCGCUGGGGAGUUGCACCGGCGGUGUGGUGUUUCCCGUGUUGAUGAGGGAGCUGUUGCCGAGGAUCGGGUUCGCGUGGACGGUGAGGAGUAUUGGGUUUGUGGUCGUGGGGUGUGACCUCGCGGCGGCGGCGUUGUUUCGGGUCAGGUUGAAGCCGAGGAGGAGAGCGCCGUGGGUGGACUGGCAGGCGUUUAGGGAGCUGCCGUAUGGGUUGUUCUGUGCGGCUAUGUUUUGCAAUUUCUGGGGCCUGUUCUUCACCUUCUUCUAUGUCGGCAGCUACGCCCGGAACGUCCUACACGUCAGCUACGAAGACUCGAUCAAUCUUCUCUUGACGGUCGUCGGCGCCGGUUUCGUCUGCCGCCUUCUUCCCAACUAUUUCGCCGACAAACUUGGCACUCUCAACGUCCUGAUCCCCUUCGCCUACCUCUGCGGGAUCAUGAUGUUCGGCUGGAUCGGCGUCCACAGUCUCGCGAGCCUCUUCGUCUUCGCCGCGAUCUACGGAUGCGGGAGUGCGGGCAUUCAAUCCAUCUGGCCGGCGGUGAUCAACGGGCUGAUGGAAGUGCCGGAUUUGAAAAGAGCCGGAGUGAGAAUGGGGAUGGCGUUUACGGUGGUGUCGUGGGCGUGUUUGACGGGGCCGUAAGUGUUAGAUUGAAGUCUUUUCUGUCCGAGUCUGGUCCUGGAAGAGACCGUUGAGGUGAAGCUGAUGACCUAAUGAGUGCUGACUGUAUGAUUCGACCAGACCUCUUGCCGGCGCUCUGAUCCAGCGUCAUGAUGGAGGAUACCUCUACGCUCAAAUAUGGGGAGGGACCAGCUUCUUCCUCGGAGGAAGCCUCUUGAUCGCCACGAGGAUCGCGAAGGUCGGAUGGCGAUGGAAAGCGAAGAUCUAGAAGCCGGCUAGAUUUCACGGAAGCACGACAUGUCCGAGCGAUCGCAUAUACGAGGCAUCACGAAUAGAUUCUAGUGGAUGAAUGAUGAAACAUUUCCGAAAGGCUUACUUCCAUUGGGUCGUCACGAUAGGGUACAAUUUUGCCUCCCGCCGAGUGUUGGUCU